AACGUCCUGAUAGCGACAUGGCACAGUUAAGAAAUAGUGCGAGUCAGCAUGGGAGGUGCUGUCCUGGAGUUGUUUUGCCUCCUCCUGCUGGCGUGUUCCAGAGGCAGAGGGAGGCAUGCGGGCAGAGGCAAUGUGCACGGUGCCAGCAAGUGCUGCGGGGCACGGGGGGCAGCUUCCUCUCAGGGAAGGACGUGCAAGUGUAAAGCUGUGAGUACCGGCUAGGGAUGCUGCCUUGAAGUAAGCGCAGAGGGCGGCGUGCCUGAUGCCAAGCCGUGACUCGCCGGUGUGCUGUGGUCCCUGUAACGCUGAAGUGCAGCCAGCUGGUUUGCCUAAAGUUGCAGCUGUGGACUGGGCAGGUCUGGGAGCCCGUUUUGAGUGGGGACAUGAUUUGUUGCUUUAGUUGAGAGAGAUGAGCAGAAGGAGUGGCGCUCGUGCAGGACGCAAGCGCGGUGUGCUGUGCCAUCUGUGAGCUUCUGGCAGAGGCAGGUGGUGAAAGUGGCCGUGGUUGCUGCUUGGCAGCCUACGUGAGAGCUGUGAGUGCUGGUCACGCGGUUGGGAUUGGUCGCGCCUGAACCUGAAGGAAAGUGGGGAAAAGAAGGGUGCCUUGUGUGUGAGUGAGGACUCCGCGCUGGAAUUUGUACCGAGAAGAGCCCAGAUGGCGCCUUUGGUGUUCCGUUUCCGGAUGGUCGCCUGGAUCCGGAUUUUGUGCCUCAGGGGAAACCCAGAGGGCUUGCACAGAUAAGUCCUAAGUGUUUGGUUAGUUGGAGAGCUGCCACAUAUGAGUGGGAUGGUUACCCCUGCCAUCAGCUGAGAGCACCCAGGCCUUGGCCCUCUUGGUCAAUCAACAGCGUGGAAUCGUGUCCCUGAGCCCGGUGUGGAUGCUGGAGGUGUGACUGGAGGUGUAGGUGAUCCAGCUUCCCCUCUGCGAUCCAGGAUGCGUGGGAGUCCGUCAUCUCACAUGGAAGUGCGGCCAGGGAAGGCGUUGCCAAGUCCUCAGCUCUUUCCUGUGCUGGAGCCCCGCUGGAAUCCCAGGGCUUCCUACGUUGUGUUAGGUCCGGAAAGAGGAAAGGAUACAUCUAGAAGAGGGAGAUACUCCCCGAGGUUAUCUCCUGGGCUAAAGGAACUCCUGAAGGAAAUGGAGAAGGCAGCGCGUGGAAGUGACCAACCAUCUGCACAGGACGCGCUGCGGUUUGGCAGCCAUCCCACACUGCCAGUCUCGGCCAGAGGAACACAGACAGCGCCGACAACUGGCAUGCCAGGGGUGGAUGCUGGGAAAAACACAAGGGCUGUGCUUCAGGAGUUUCUGCAGGUGCACUUCACCCUAGUGAUCACAGUGCUUGUAACUGUGCUGCUGUCUGGGCUGGUGAUGACCUGUAUUGCUGUGUCGUGGAUGUGGCACAAAUAUCCAGUGUGCAAGAGGGCAGAGACAGCUCCAGGACAAGCUCAUCCUGAGAGUGACCGGGAGAGAGGCCAAUCUGGAGGUGAAGGCAGAGCGGAGCUGGGAGAGGCAACAGAAGAUGCCGUAGUUGCCCAAGAAAAGAAGAAUGUGUCCAGCGGAUCCAGCCCGUUCCCCUCCUCCUUUGAAGCGGAGUUUGAACAGCUGUGCAGCAAAAUCCGCACAGACCCUUCCCUUUGGCCCACGUGUCCCAGCAGCUCUCCCACGGACGGCGUCUCUUCCCCAGAUGCCCGCGGUUCUCGGGGUUCCCCAUAGCCAUCUAGUGCCCCGGUUACCUGUGUCAGCAGGGCUGGGGUCCCCUGGAAGACCCCGCUUUGUGAGUAAUAAAGACACCCUGUGCAAAA